GGACGAGUGAAGCUGUGAAAUUCUUCUGUGAGCUUGCAUUAUGGAAAAUAGCUCUCAAUCCAGCAGUCAGCAAGCUUUAUGGAAAGAUGUGGAGGUGGGAAAAGAGAAGAAGACCAGGUACCAGACCUACCAGCGAGGAGCCUUCAUUCUGGGUCUGGUGUUUCUGAUGCUGACGCUGGGCAUCUUCAGCCUCAGACACUUCUGGAGUCCAAGUCUGGGGAGGGUCUACGAUCAACAUUACAUGGCUGUGGUGGAUGGCACAGAGACCGACAGCAUCAUGGAGAUUGAUCCCAUUCGCCGCCUUGAGAUGUUCAGGAUGGGGAACGGUAGUGAUGAGGUGCUCGAGGUCCACGACUUCAGACACGGAAUCACAGGGAUCCGGUUUGCCAAACAUCAGAUGUGCUACAUCAAGAGCCAGACCAAGGAGCUUCCCAAAGUGACAGAGUUGGUGACCGCCAACACAGAUACACUGGUGGGCAUGGACAUGCAGGUUGUGGAUGACUCCCAGGUGUGGGUGCCUGCAGAGGAGCCCAUCGCUAACCGAGCCUUCCUUCUCAACACCAAGAUCUGGGAGAUAUGCCAGGAGCUGCCUAUCCACUGGAUCCAUCCCUCCCCCAUGAGAGAUGCUGAGUUCCACGAGGUGGAGCAUGAGGAGGAUAUUCCUGAUGUUGAGGUCGGAGGUCACCGCGUCACACGUGAUGUCUUAGACCAGGUCCCCGUCAACGACUACAGAGACGUUGAAAUUGAGCUGGAUAACCGUCUAGACGACCAUGGGUACUGCUGCCAGUACUGUCGUCGUGGUUACCGCUACUGCCAACGCUACUAUGAGCCGCUCGGGGGUUUCAACCCCUACCCGUACUACUACCAGGGAGGACGUGUCAUCUGCCAGAUUGUCAUGCCCUGCAAUUGGUGGAUUGCCCGAAUGCUUGGGAGAGUCUGAUUGGACGGUAGAAUUAAUUUCAACUGUGCUUCAGGUCAGGUUUGUUUUAGGCUGGAUUUAUUCUUCUUUAAGCUUGUGGCUCUAUUCAAUCCAUAUAGCAGAAUUUCUGAGUUAGGGUUAUUAAAAUUACAUUAAAUACAAUGUUCCCGCGUUAGAGGAGGUUGCAGUCACUUCAAACUUGCAUGUCUGCUCAAACGGAAAUACGUUCUUAUCGCAAAACCUGGAACCGCUUCAGUAAGAGACUCAAAAGAUGGCCAGCUUUGUGACUUACCUAUGUACGACACAGAGACUUUAGCAAGUGUCAUCAUUUUUGAUAACUCUUAGCAGCAGUGAGGUUUCGCCAAGGAGAUCACUUGUGGAGUUUAAACCCAGCCUAGGCUUGCCUGAGGCACAAAAGUUUUAAUGUUUUAGACCAUUCUCUUGGUCCUAAAGUGCAAGUAGAUAGUAGCCUUUGUGAUAGUAAAAGAGUUCUAGUAGGGUUACAUAAUUAUUAUCCAAAAUAUAAUCAAAUUGAUUGUCUGGUGUCUAUAUAGCGUUUAGGAGCAACUUAAUAUCGAUAAAAGGCAUUUGAUCUCCAAAUCUGUCCAACUGUGAAUGUUAACCUCGCAGUUUUAUCGUGUUUAUGUAGCCUAUACAUGUCAUCUAUGCGCUGAAGCGCAAUUUGGCUUUCAAAAUGUUUUACAUCAAUAUUUUAGAAGGGAUUGUAACAGUAGCUGAAGGACUACUUUUGGAGAUUUCUCUUGGUGCUGCAUUUCUUAAUGUUUUGGACUCUUUCUUGCUGUGUGGUGCAGGACUGAGUUCAAACAAUAUUUAAUUUUUUACAUUAUUGUUUUUGAUUUCAGUUUUUUUCUGUAGAAAAUGACAACCAACAAUUAAUGUAUAUAAACGUGGGUUGCUCCCUGUCAACAGCUUACAAUAACGUAAUGCCCCCUUUUUGGUGAAGUAUCUAUUUUUUGCUGUUGUUUUCCACUGUUAGCAUGUUUCCCUUGAAAUGAUGUUCAUUGUAUUUGAUGAGGAGCUAUACAUACAGCACAGUACCUUGUUUUUCAAUUAUCAAGAUGACUCAACAAUGUAUAAUGAAAGAAUGGCUAUAAAUAUAAUUCUUAUUAGGCACCUUCCUUCAAUGUACCUUUUAGCAUUUUAUUCUAUAUUUCUUUGACUAUAUGAGAUGCAUGCCUGUGUUAGUGCCACACUUACUGCACAGUAAUCAGUCCAUUCUCCUGUUGUUCCUUUGCUCUCAGUAGGUAUGCCCUGAAGAGUCAAUCUACCAGAAUAGUUAGGCCAACAACAGGAAAGAUGUGAUGUCCUGACAUGCAUAAGUGAUCAACAAUUACAUGCAAUUAAAAUGAAUCUUGAAACUAAAUUGCUUCUAAUGU